CACAGGUGAUGUUACGUGCUUACAAGUCUUGGACGUCGGAAAUAAUAAAAUUACAAGCCUGCCCCAUUCAUUGGCCAAGCUUACUUCAUUAAGGUCUCUGGUGGCAGUCUACAAUAAAAUAACAAGUUUCCCCAAAGACCUGUGUCAACUUCGAAGCCUCUCAGUGCUAAUGCUGAGCGGCAACAACAUAUCCUAUCUUCCGGAGGCCAUUGGAGGACUCACAGGACUUCAGGGCCUCUACAUAGACCACAAUCAGCUGAAAGAAUUGCCACGUUCAUUGGCCACUCUGCCGAUGCUCACCCGUAUCUCUUGCUGUUGCAAUUCUCUGACUCAUCUUCCAGCUGUCACCUUUGUGAGCAGACCCACGAUAUUUUUCGACGAUAACCCCAGGAUAAACUACCUGCCAUUUUCGAUUGUGCAACAGUUUCGUUCUGGUGAAUGCUGGGAUCCUGUUGUCAUGCAGACUUGUGGAUGCUUCCAGGACACAUCACUCGUCAACAAUACUGUUCAUAUCACUCCCAGAAGAUAUGCAGGGGAGAACAUCACGCCAAGCUUAAUGCUGCCACCAGAGAUAUCAAACAUAACAGUAGGCACACACGGUGCAGUGGAGAUUCCCUCCUUGAGAGAACUGUGCCUACGCUACAUCUGGAAGGAAAAGAAAAACCCACUAAAUGAAUCCCGCAAGCUGAAGCUGUACAAGCUCUUCAACUGUAUAAACUCAACCUCCUUGCCCUCUCACUUAUGUGAGCUUAUAGAGUUGGGACCAAUAGCCAGCUGUGAGGCUCCCAAGUGUAGGAUGCCAAUUUUCACCUCUGCUAGUAUAAUUGUGCUAUCAAUUACGGUGACAGCGCGCCUCUACAUAGAAGGAAAUAUUGUUCCCUCUGUUGUUUAUUUCUGUUCGGAUCAGUGUGCUAAGAUAUAUGUACAAGAAGUUAAGGCAAUGGUGGAUGAAUUCUCCAUUUGGUUCCGGAACAGAUUAGAGCAAGCAUGCAAUAUUAUUCUUUAUUGAAUUCGUGCAAUAUUUUGGUACUCAUUUCCGGUAAAGUGCAGUUAUUCCAUGCUACAUCAGCACUCCUGUUUGUCACCUAGGCACCUUGUAUUAUUAGAACAUAGUAAAAUAUGACCUAUUCUGUGAUUAAUGUUCUGUGUUAAAUCUUUAAGGGGGAUAAAAGUUGAUUGUAGGUUUUUUCCCUUCUUAACUGAUUUUAAAUUUAAGCAUGUUACGUGAGCUUUCAAGGGAAGCAUAUUAUGGUUUGCUUUGACAAGGUGAAAAAAGUAGAUAGUGAAUAAUUAAAGAGUUAUGCUGUCAAUGAAGAUGAAGAUUUUGACUCAUAGUUAGAAUAUUAUUACAUUUUUUGAAAGAACUCUUGAUUCAUAUGAAGUAUUUAAGUUAUUAAAAAAGUAAUAACUUGCAUCUGUUUAAUGCAAACUACUAGGACUCUUCACUUCCCAAAAGUAACUAAUAAACAUAUCAAGAACAUAAAAGAGUAAUGGUAAAUUUUCAACAUUUUGCAUGGAACUUGUGUCCCACAUUGCAGACAAUUCAUCUUCGUCUGCCACCAUCCAACAUACACAACCCAUAUCCUUGCACUAAUAAGUCUCACUUGCAUAUCUUCUAGUGAUAAUGAUUUUUUGACAGCAAUCUUAAUUUCCAACUAUAUUCUCUUUCAUAAGUAUGUUUCACUUUAAAUUAUUAUUCCGUGAUGUUGAUUUCACUUACAAAAUAUCAUUACAUAGAGGGAUUCACAGUUAGGAGAGUUUCAUUAAUUUAAUGGAGUAGAAGGCUAUAUUUUGAUUUUAUUCUGCAACAUAAUUUUGUAGGAAAAUACAUAUCACUAUAUAUAGUAGAAGGAAAUAUAAUAAUGAUUGUAUAUAAACUCUUUUGUCUCUGAAAAAUAAUUCCCUUCCAGUUUUCAAUAGUUGAUCUAAAUGUUAUAUUAAUUGAAUUGGUAGUUUUUAUUUUAGAGGAAAAAUGUCCCAGCAUCUAUAUUCUCUAGGUAAUAAAAUGUGCCAAAUGCCAAAGAAAGCUUUAGCAUUGUAAAUGUAAGCAUUAAUUUUAAGGCUUAAAGAAAUGUGCUGAAAAGCAUACCCGCAUCCCCUUGAUUACUAGUAUUUCACAGUGUCCUUUAGAAAAUGACUUAGCACAGUCUUGGGAAAUGUAUUGUGCAGAUAUAUUUAAGAUACAAGUAAUCUUCUCAUAGGUGUAGAAAGAGAAAGAAUGUGUAUUACAGUAUAUCAUGAUAUUUGUUUAUAACUCUGUAGAAACUACAUGAGUUUUUAAGUGUUUCAUGGAUCUUGUCAUCAUAAACACCUAAAUAUUGUAUGGGUCUUUGACACAUCAUAAGAAAUGGCAAUAAACACAUUCAUCUAUGCA